CCCGUCGCCGUCACCGUACGCUGGUCAUGGGCUCUUGGCAUCCGUCGUCCGUCCCACGCCACGCCACGCCACAGUGCCUCCUCGCAGCUUCAUCCACUCGUCUCCCCUCCCCACACCAAAAAAACAAGCAAGGGUCAGCAGAUAGCCGCAUUAAAAGGAGGGAGGUCACGUAAACUUAAUCCAAUCCACCAAACCCCAAAUCUCUGUCUCGCGCUGGCGCAGCGCAGGGCACCGCCACGCGCGCCUCAUCCGGUACCGGCAUGACGAGCGCCUCCGAGCUCUUCACCGCGCGCCGUGCCGCCCGUGGGGCCCGCCUCUCCGACCUCGACCUGGAUCCGCACGCCGACGCGCUCCGGGACCAGCACGGACUUGGCGCCCGGCACCGGCGCCGCGGGUGCCGCCCGCGACGCCAGCUCGACGCCGCCGGGGACGUGCGGCAGCACCUGCACACCGGGGCCCCGCCACCGCGUCGCCGCGGGUCGUACACCGAUCAGAUCUUAUCGUACAUAGACAACAACAACCUUGGGGUUGGGGAUUCUGCAGCUCGGAGGAACAGACUUGAUAGGCUGAUGUUCAGGACAAAUGAGCGGCUUCCUGGUGCUGUACUGCAAGCACAAGCGCGUGUCCUGGAGAGACUCAGAGGCAUUUCUCUUGGUUCAUCUGUGUCCAGGCCAUCCAUCUCAUUAGAUGAAUUUUCAGCUAGCGAUGUAUUCAGAAUCAUCGACUUCAGAAACAGGGAAGCACGGCAUGAAGAAAAUCGGCACCACUCAUCGUCGUUCCACCCAAGCAGUGAAUCAGAUGAAGAAAGACCAACCGUCGGUUCCACUCACUCCAACCGGUCAACCGGACUUACCAAGGCAGCUUUCCUGCGUCUGCAGGUCGAGAUUUUUGAGGCUAGCAAAGAUGAUAGCAGAGAGGCAUCGCCUGAAUGUUCUAUUUGCCUUGAUGGAUUUUACGAUGGAGAUGAGCUGAUAAGGUUGCGCUGUGGGCACAGGUUCCACUCGACAUGCUUGGAGCCAUGGGCGCGGAAAUGUGCAGACUGCCCAUACUGUCGAACGAACAUACGGUCACGAUCCUGACGACAAACCCUUAGUUCAGAGUAAGCUUAUAACCACCAUGGAGUUUCACUGUUGUAAAAUUCGCUGUUGUGGGCAUGCCAGUUAAUCCGGUGCUCCUAUGGCGACAUGUAAUUUCUAAUAUCCUGAAUAUUUUGUGUUGUGUCACUCAGAGAGGUUUAUGGUGUUGUGUGCGAGUGGAGGCUAGUAGCAGUAUAGCUUAGAAAGCACCCUUUUGUGUGUAUGUAGCGAGGGAUCACGCAAAUGAUCCUGUACUACUAAUGAUAAUGUUCUGAUGUCUGAAUUUCAGUUGUU